UUUUUUUUUUUUUCUCAUCUAAUCAACUUUUACUUGUACAAUUUUUCUCUCACCCUUCUCUCUUCCUUCCACAUCUUCUCUCGUCUCUCUACUAUCUUUCAUUCUUUCUCUUUUCCUCUCUUUCUCUCUCUCUCAAAAAUAAAGACUAACCUUGACGAUCUAUCAACCCUAAUCUCAGUUAAAAUAAAAUGGCAGACGUGUCAAAGGAUUUCAGAGCAACAUUCGACCCUGAAAAACAAAGCAUCGAGAACGAGCUUGCCAACUUGGACAAGGUUCCUGUGGGUGAAAGACAGCAAAAGAUCGAUAGCCUUGUCCAACGCAUUCACGCGUUAGAGAAAUCAAUCACUGCAAACAUUGGAGUAAUCUCACCCUUUGAUGCCCGUGUUUGCCUGGAGGCUGUCAGUUCUCUUUCCACGACACUAAGCCAACUGCGCGUUCAAUUGAUCCCCAAGCCAAAAUUCACGUUCAAGUCACGGAAGGCUAUAUCUCCUUCAACCUUAGCCGUAUCCGAGUCUGUCUCAGCCAAGGACUCCUCCAAGUCACAAACUUCUCAUGUGGACGAGUCAAUGUUUAUGAAAUUUGAGAAUCGUACCAAUGAGCAUCUUUACAUCGGCACCCUAUUACAACAACAACAGCAGCAACAAUCCAAUUCAAUGGAAGAAGUUUAUCUGGGAGGACUUCCUGUUACUACAGAAAACAAAGCUUUGAAUGCUGAUAGCAGUGCUGCAGAAACAACGGAGGAGCAAAAGCCAAAGGAUGUCGCCUUGACGAACUUGACUGAUUGCACCAUCAACUUGUUGCAUGAUAACACACCUUUGGGAGCUAUCCAUAUCCGUAAUUUGAAGCGAUGUACCCUGGUCAUUCCGCCAGUCUCUGGAAGUAUCCUUCUGCACGAUUGUGAAGGAUGUGUUCUCAUUGGAGCAUGUCAUCAGUCACGCAUGCAUACUUCAACUGACAUGGAUAUCUAUCUCCAUGUUACCAGCGAGCCUAUUAUUGAGGAUUGCACCAAUAUGCGCUUCGCUCCUUACCCAUAUCAUGAUCUCUUCCCUACUAGUGUCGCACCGGUCCACGAUAUUGGCGCUACUGCUGCAACGACCUUUUCACCUGAAUCUGGUGAUCCAAGACUCAAUCGUUUGUUUGAGUUAGCCAAAUUGAAUCCUCAAGUCAAUUAUUUUGAUCGUGUCAAAGACUUUAAUUGGUUGCGACAGCAAAAGUCACCCAACUGGCGUGUGGUUGACUCGAGUGAGAUCAAAGAAGGAGUUGCUCCUUUGGUUCUUAUCAAGGAUGAGUUGGCAGAACAUCAGUUGCAGCAACAACUGCGACAACAACAACAAGGACUUAGGCUCAAACGUUUUCCUGUGGUUGCGGUGUGACAACGACAGCAUUACUUGACCAUCAUAAGCAACUUUAUGCAAUGGAGAGGAAGCUUGAAAAGAAGACAAGCUGAAGAGAGUGGUGAUGUGCCUUUAUUUAUUCGGGAGAACAAGCGUCCUUGUUAUUAGAAACAGAAUAU